AAUGUUGACUUCUCCGGAGCGAAGUAUGAGCGUCGGAGAAGGCAGGUUCUCACGACGAUUAAGUGGUAUGGCACGGAGUGCCGUACGAGGCGCUAUUGCGCCUCUAAGUAGCGCAGCUGCUGCUGGUAGCAGCAUCUGCCGUUUGUCUCUUUCUAUCUUACAGUACUGUUCUGCCGUGUUUUUGCUUUUAUGGCUGAAGUGCCUCCAGCGGUGCAGGCCGCGAUUAGCGCGGCCGUCGCCGCUUCCGAAGCUAAGCUUAUAGAAGAUGCCAAGCGUAUAGAAGAGGCGCUGCGCUUGGAAGUUCAGUCGGCCAAAGAGGAGGCCUCUGUGCUCCGCGAAGUUAUCGCCGCCUCGGAGGCGCUGUCGCCUCCGCCCGGCGUCGGGGCCCACAAGAUUCUCGGGCCGCGCUGGGACCACUUAAAACUGUUCUAUGUGACCGCUGCACCGCUGCUGGCCGGGGUCGCGCGCCUCGUGGAGUCCGCCCCCCCGGAUGCGGCUCACAUCUCGGUGCCAGUUCAGCGGCUCAGAGACUUGGAGGGCCAGGCAGCCACGGCGGUGCGCCUGGCCGAGCUGUCGCUUAGCAUGAUUGCCGUGGGCGCUCGCGCGGAGAACUUGCUCGUUAUGGACGAGUACUGGCCCAUCGUCCGCCCGAACGUGCAGCAGCCGUCGGAGGACUACAAGUCGGGCAAGCUGCGGUUCAUGGAUGUCAAUGAGAAGGCGCUGAAGAGCGCGCUGGCGGCCGUGGCCUCCAAAAAGAAGGAGGAGUCGUCCGGCUCCGCGGCCAAGCGCCAGCGCCCCUUCCCGCCCCGCGGCCAGCAGCAGGAGAAGCACGGGCGCGACCAGCCGCGCUAUGACCAGCCGCGCCACGGCCAGGGCGGCCACGGCGGCCAGGGCGGCCACGGCCAGGGCCAGGGACCGCGCCACUAUGGCUAAAAUCGCUGCGGGUGUAGCCCUAGCCAGUUAGUGACCCGUGUCGGGCGGUGCCCGGGGUUUGUAUUGAGGGGUCUUUCGGAUGGGCGGUGCCCGAGGUUGCGUGGUUCGCACCUAGGACCUGGACUUGCGUCGGGCGGUGCCCGGUCUUGCAACGUCUCACUCAUGGAUGGGCGGUGCCCGAGGUUGCGUCGGUCGCAACCCAAGCCAUUCCAACUGUAGCUGGGUGGUGCCCGGUGGUUGUUUUUCAGUUCAGACCCGUGGCGGUGCCCGGGCUCUCUCCUAUGCGAUGUGCGGGUGGCGGUGCCCAAUGGAGAGCACACCGGACGGUGCCAGUACCCCAUGCGCAGCGUUGCGCCAACUUUCGACUCCGAGAGUAUUUGCUGUUACAAUUCACGUCGCGUGUUGCCCACGUUUCUCUUGCGCCUUACAAUGUCGCGGGAAGAGCCGCAGCGGCGCGACCCUCGUUUUUCACUUUCAAGCCAGGCGCAGGCUGCAAUUCGUCUAUCGCAGUCAACACGUUCAACUUUCACGGGCCGUAGCCUAUCUAUU